CGACUUCGACUAUUGUCGAAGAAACUGCGAACCGCGCCCUAGCUAAGUCGUAUCAUUUCUGGAGCCCACCGCGAGGGGAUUUCAGGCAAGAAUUCGCCGCUUUCGGGUUUCCGAAAACGUCUCCAGUAGUCACCCGCUCGCAAGCGCGUGAGGCGGCUAGUCGCAGCGCCGCCGAAAACCCCGACAGCUCCUCUCGAACGCACUCAACUCCCUCUCCGACAAUUCCCGGUAACUUCGACCGCGACGAAGAAGACGAGAUAGACCAAGAACUCCAGGACGACUUCGACGAAGAACCGAUCCCUUCGACCGCCGAAGAACGCACUUCGUCCCCCGAGCUUCUAGGCCUCACUACUUCUGACUACGACACUUCGACUCCUGAUCUUUUCGAACGAUCCGGUUCUUCGCCCGAACCCGAGGAUCCCAUCCCAUCUACUUCGAAUCUCGAACUCCCGACCCCGUCUUCUUUUCGCGCCCACGCUCAGCCAUCUAUCGCAUCCUCUUCGCGACUUUCAGUCAUACCUACAUCCGACCUGGCACCUCCGCCACCAUUAGCACCUUCGAACGCAGCUGCGAACUCCAACCCCGCACCGCCCGCACCUACGAUUCCUUCGACUACUACCGCGUCCUCUUCGAGCCCAGCUCCUAUUAACACUACGAACAUGAGUCAGAACACGAACACACCGUUGAUGCCCCCGCGCGGUCAUUCGACGGCACCGAGCUUCGACCCGUCGGAAGUCCGUUCGCUUCGGCGUUACUUCCAGGACCUCGAAGCGUUGUUCACCCGGUGUCAGAUUACCGACGAAGCGGCCAAGAAACAAUGGGCCGUUCGGUACCCUUCGAUCGACGUCGCCGACUUAUGGGAAACCAUCGAGUCCUUCAUCAACGUAGCCAAGAGCUACAACGACUGGAAAGCCGACGUACGAGCACUCUAUCCUGGCGCCGACGAUACAAGAAAGUGGUCGCUGGCAGACAUGGAUCAGCUCAUUGGAGAACGCGCUCGUAUCGGGAUUCACAAUGCGGCAGAUCUGGGCUGCUAUUACCGUGACUUCAUGGCCAUUACGAAACAUCUUAUCGCACAGAACCGACUCUCCCCUAUCGAACAAAGUCGCGCAUUUCUUCGAGGAUUCCAGCCAGCGUUGCUCACACGGCUCGAGACCCGACUACACCUCAAGCACCCCGAUCACUACGCCGACGACCCAUACACCAUGGCAGAGAUUCACGCGGCGGCUACUUUCAUUCUACACGGUACAUCGAGCACACCUACGACCGCGGCGAACCAAGCUAUCGCUUCGACAUCGAACACUUCGACAACGGUGCCCCCCGGGAUGAUCAAGACCGAAGACAUCUCGAUGAUCAUCGAAAGCCUGUCGAGGACGAUCGCAACACUCAUUCAGCCGACGACGCACGCUACGCACAACCACGCCCCCGCACCGAGACAACAGGCUGCCGUCCACGCCCAUGAGAACAGCGGAGCUGAACAGACGUGCCACUACUGCGGCAAUCGUGGCUGCAGGGUGGGCACCUGCGAGUUCGCGGAGAUCGACAUUCGGGACGGCAAGUGCAAACGGAACACCGAUGGCAAGAUCGUUCUUCCAAACGGAAGUUUCUGCCCCCGCACUAUCCCUGGUCUCACAAUACGAGAUCGAAUCUACGAGUGGCAUAGAAGAAAUCCCGCAGCACCCGCCACUCCGACAAUGCUCUUCGAGAUCGACGAUCGCUCGACUGUGCAAACGUUCACGCUCAACACCAGCGGCAGGAUCGAGGCGCUCGAGCGAGAACUCCUUCAGCUUCGGAAGCGAAGAGAGGUCUUCGACGGCGUCGAGAUUCUACAGCGGAAGAAGCCUACGACGCCAGCCGUCCCGAAGAGCGCGGAAGCCUCGGGAUCUGGUACAUCGAAGGGAGUGGCGGCACCCUCGAGCACUUCAACAAGCACGGCCCCACCUCCGACGAUACCAGCAGCAGCACCCGCGCCGCCUUCUUCGCCGCCUACGCAAUCCACUACUAUGUCCGCUCCCCCAGCACCACCAGUACACCCCUUCGCAAACGCUCGCGACGCAACCUACGCCCCACCGAAUGUUCGAAACUUCGCAACUCCGCCGAAGCCCUCGAACGACAAGGGCAAGGAACCAGCGUACAAGACCAUCGUCCCCGUUAUCCAGCCGAAGCUCGCCGAGGAAAUCUUCCAGCGUUCAAUGAAGUCGCAGUUCGUCACGCUGACCCCAGAAGAAUUGCUUUCGAUCGCGCCAGACGUUCGAACCAAGUACCGCGACGCCGUCACCCCUAAGCGAGUCUUGACGGAACCCGUCGCGUCGGCCCACAUCGUAGAAAUCGGCGCCGACGAGGUCACGGCCGUCAACCAGCUCUCGUGUUCAGGCGCAACGUUGGAACCCGGUGCUACGAUCGUCCCCGACCCCUACGAAACAUAUCUGAAGCACAUCCCUCACGGCGAGCACCCCGCAGAAUUCACCGUCGCACGCGAUUCGAAUGCGAUUCGUUCGAUCAUCGCGUUGGUCGACAACAAAGAGCAGAUCGAAUGCAUCGUCGACC